UUUUGUUUCUGAUAUACUCUAACGAAGUUAGUGCUGUUACCAGUUUCAGUUAUGAAACAAAGCUAGAAACAGUCACAGACUAUGACACAAGCAAUGGCUGAUGGACCAAGCGCUGUCGAGUUUGAGGAUGAUGAAGAGUGUUGGAUGCGGCUGGAGGACCACAGAAUGCUUCUCCUCAAGACUAUUGAGCCUUCACGAAUAAUACCAUACUUAAGACAAUGUAGGGUGCUUAAUAGUGAGGAUGAGGAACAGAUUUACAAUGAUCCAAGUCUGGUCAUUAGACAGCGAAAAGUAGGUGUACUCCUAGAUAUCUUACAAAGGACAGGUCAUAAGGGCUAUGUGGCAUUCCUUGAGAGUUUGGAACUGGACUACCCUCAGCUGUAUCAGAAAAUAACAGGCAAAGAGCCGUCGAGGGUCUUCUCAAUCCUUGUGGAUACCGCAGGUGAGUCAGGAUUAACUCAGUUUCUCAUGAAUGAGGUGACUCGGCUUCAGAAAGUGCUUCAGGAUGAGCGCAAAGCAAGACUGGCGGCGUCUGCACGUAUAGCCGAGCACGCUGACACCAUACGCCGGCUGCAGACACGGGAAUGUGAGCUCCACAAACAGCAAGAGCGUGUACAGCGCAUGCGUGAAGAACGGGACCAGAUGUGGGAAAAGGCACGGCACUUGAAGGAUGAGAAUUACAAAUUGAUGAGAGACAUGAACCGACUGAGUGAGGAGAAGAAUUCUGCUCUCAUGUGUAAUCGGGACCUACAGCUGGAGAUCGAAAGGCUGAAGCACAGCUUAAUGAAUGCCGAGAGCGAUUCAAAGCUUCAACGUAAACGUACUAUUACCCUGAAAAAUGCUAUGGAGCAGAGGCCUAGCCAAGAAAUGGUGUUGGAGCUUCAGAAAGAGAAUGAUCUUCUCCGAGCUCAAGUGCAGGAGCUUCAGAGCUCUUCCCAGGUCCAAAUCCCAACAGAUAAUGAGAAGCCAAACAUUGAGUCACUGGAAGAUUUCAAGCAUCAAAGCCAGGCACAUGAAGAACUGGUCAAUGAGCUUUAUGAAUUACGCAGGGAGCUACACGACGCUGAGGAGCUACGAGAUAAGUACCUGGAAAGGAAGGAUGAACUGGAACUGAAGUGUGAGAUUUUAAAGAAAGACUCAAAAAUGUACUGCAUUCGAAUGGAGGACAUUUUAAAGCAGCUGGAUGAAGUCAUUAAAGAACGAGACAAGGCAAUUUCUUCACGAGAAGAGUACCAUCAGGAGAACUGUAAAAACCUUCAGGACAAGGACCGUUACCGCAAGCAGCUCCGAGAGAUGGGAGAACGUUACGAUGAGCUCCAGGUCCAGCUCUUCCGCGCUCAAGGAGAAAUUCUUGCUCUUCAAGCAAAACUCCGGAAACAGAACCACUUCCACAAAACACUAGGGAGUACAGAAGGAAACUCUUUUUGGAGCACAGUGGAGCUAAAAAGCCAAACAAGUGAGGAGGAUUUCAAGGAGAGAGAUGAGAAAGGUAUAAGUGAUGGUUCCCAAAGCCCAACCUCAGGGGAGUACAAUGUCUGCAUAAGUAUUACAGACCCAUGUACUUCAGAUGCCAAGGAAGACAGUUUACGAGAGAGGAUGUUCACUGAGGAGGAACUGUCAUCCAGCUACCCACCCAGGCCGAGAUGCAAUUUUUAUUACAGGAGGAAACGUGCCUUGAGAACAAAAACUACUGUUAAAGACUGUGCUAAAGAGUGCACACAGUGCGUUUUGGACAACUCCAGUGUGAGUGAUAACACAGACACAGACGGGAUUUGAUAUAAGCCUGACCAGGAGACGACAUUUUGCACUGCCAAAUGACCCACAGCAACCUACAGAGAAGACUGGAGACCAUCAACCCCUAUCAAACCAAUUAUAACCUUGGAAUUAUUGAUGACAUUGAAUCUUAAAACAGUGCAAUAUGGUCAAUUGAAACAUGGUGUUUUGGAAUUUCCUUAAAAUUUUAAGCAUUUAAAUACAUACAGACCUAUGUGUUGAAUUUAAUAGAAAUGUUGUUACACUAAGCUUAUUGAGUUUACAUGUAUUAGAUAUUAGCUGCGUAAGCCAGUACAUAAGCUUGGUCAGUCACAACUAGAAGAAACUGCACUGGUCUCUGUUUUGACGAUUGUCUGAAGAUCCAAUAAACCUCUCUUCU